UGUUAUUAGGAGCGACAGCCUAAGCUGGUGGAGCUAUAGUCCUGUAUGUACGUCUCACUAGUUAGAGAGCCAGGCAGGGGAGAGAACAAUUUAAAAUGUAACAACGAAGUGUCUGAGCGCAAUUUUCAGUUAAUUUUGUUGACCCUAUUUCUAGCUAGGGCCCAAAAUUACGCAAGGAAGUAAAGUGCCUCAUGGAGGAUUCGUCUGUUUGGCCACCAAUAUCAUUAUAGGAAACUGCGAAUUAAGUGCUCUUCGAAAUUUUCACUCUCGCCCUCUCUCUGGCUGCUCUUGUGCAUGUAAAGUUCUUGUUCAAAACAUCAUGUAGCACGAUCUGCUGUGCGAACACUCCGAACUCCGUGGGUGGUUAUUAUAGCAAUGUGCAACGAACUGCUAACCCAUAGUGGAAUAUUUUCAACUGAGGACAGAAUAAGCUUCAAACCCAUGACGGAAACGGACGUUCGUUGAGGACUCAAAUUUCUUUUGAUAUUCCUGGAUAUCAGUUUUAGGCAUCAGGUACUAUAGCAGUAGUGGUACUAUGGCAGUUAACUGCUUUGUGCUGUGAGGCUCUCCUGUGCUGAACAUGCAGAUCGAUCAUGGAUGUGAAUAGGUGGAUUGCUGUCUGUCUGCCAAGACCAACGCGAAGUUCUCCGCUGUUAGUCUCAGCGAGCCUAAACAAAGAAUGUGACUAAACAGGAAGCUUUGUAGUCUCGUGCCUCGUUUUAGUAAUUAAUCUGAAAUGUGAAUAAACUGGAACCUUUGUAGUCUUAUGCCUCGUUUUAGUAGUUAACUGGAAAAAAAAUCGUCUGCCAGCAGUCCAAUAAUACAAGUUCGUGGAUCGAUCGAUGUUUGUCGACUGAAACACUGGCGCAGCCUUACACGUCAGCCUGACACCACAAUGAUUCAAACUGCCGGCUGCAGCAGGCGGACAACGAUCUUGUCACACGCUAGGACCUGAGGCGAUGUUACCAUACAGUGUCAGCAACAGCUGCGCAGUGGCGAUGGUCUUUGUGCUACAAUGUUCGGGUGCAGCAGGUUUUUAACACCACAUUUUAAGUGGUGUAACUCUUGUCUUAUCCUGCAGCUGGUAUGGGAGUUGUCGAACGUGAGCUUGGUAACGCGGCGAAGAGCGGGACACUAGAUACCGGAGCUGCGGUGCACGGCGCUUAGCUAGUAGAAAAUGUCUGGCUCCUGAACCGAGGUGCGGGGUGCAGCAUGCAGCUUGCUUCAUGUUUCGUCGAGCGACUGCUGCAAGUACGCCUCACUAGAUGUACUGUGUGCUUUGUAUCUUGACAUCCCAUGCAUUCGAACGGCAGUGGGAUAGGAAGCUGGUGAGAAAUCUUUGAUGCUCCUACUACCGAUACUGUUUGCUCCUAGUGCUGCUGCUCCUGCUUAGUCACCACUGGAACAGUAGCAAAGAAUAACAAAGGACCAAGCUCUUGUUUUGGCCUGACAUUCUGAGUCUGACCUGUUGGCACGUGUUAUCCAGAGAAGUGGAACGAUGGGGUGGUGAUCGCAGGCCACCUAAGACCAGCCCGUCUGUGCGAGGCGCGGCGACUUUUCACAGCAUUCAGACAAGUUUCCAGCUGCUGGGGCGGUGCAGGCUUACUCGCCUCUUGUUUUGUUUCCGCCUCAAACACACACACUCACAGAGAGAAGCUGAGGGUUGAAUCUGCAGUGUUCACAAAUUGAAUGAUGCAUGGGACGCUCCAAAAGUCGACCAGGCACUUUGAAUUAUUUCGGGCGGUGAGGUUUCGUGACACUGUAUGACAAUGGCCACAAAGAACGCCUGCAGCAUCGAGGCGUCUACCUACCAACCGUCACGAUGGAGGUCCCUGCGCAUUCUUCUCAUCACCUUUGUCGUCAUCAUCGUGGCGCUCGUCGUCGCCAUUGUCGCUUUGGCCAUCGUCCACACGUCGCUGCCCCACUGCUCCCUGGGUCGAUCCAGCAGCGGGAGGGACUUCAACUCGCCCGGUCUCUUCAACGACCUCACACCCUCCGAAAUGCGUGCUGUUCGGGAUUAUCUGAUGGGAGUGGAGGAGCUGGGUUUGGUCCCUGUGGCAGAAGCUACAGUGAACAGCAGCUACAUUUACAUGAUAGACUUGCAGGUGCCGCUCAAGACAGCCGUACUGGGCUUUAUAGACAGCGGCAGGCGCCGGCCAGGGCGGGCUGCCAUUGCUGUCCUGUACAGGGGAGACCUGGACCCUCCUCGCGUAGAGGAGCACAUCGUAGGGCCACUCCCCCGCCCCACGUACCAUCGUCGUGCGACUAACCCGGCGUACCGCCACACCCCUAUACCAUUCUGCAGCCGGCCUGUGGACUCGGUGGAGCGUCGGGAGUUGCGAACCUUCCUGAAGGGUGUCACGGCCGAGCUGUACCCGCUGCUGAAGAACAGUUACGGACUGAGCUACCACAACUGCAGCGCUGGCGUCGACUGCAUGCUUUUGGUGGACCUCCCUCCCCGGGGGCUAGUCAGCGGCGAGCGGAUCUCGUGGUUCUGGGGGUACCGGCAGGUGGAGGGAGCUUCUCUCCAUCCACUCGGCUUCGCGCUGCGGGUCGACCACUUGUCCACCGACGUCAGAGAUUGGCACGUGACCCGCGUGAUGUACAAUGGACAGAUGUUCUACGAGACAGAGGACCUGAUGGAGCGCUACAAGGAAGAAUCGCUUCGCCGGCUCCGCCUGGUAAUGGAUGUCUACGACCAAAAGUUUUCUUCCUACGAACGAAGAGGCUCCGAACGUUUUGAUGUUCCUGGUCAAGGGCCACGCCAAACCGAACCAGACGGUCGGCGCUUCAGAAUCGAUGGGCAGUUCGUGGAGUACUUCGGCUGGAGCUUCAACUUCCGGUCACGGUCUGCUACUGGAAUACAGCUCUUUGACGUCAACUUCCAGGACGGUCGAGUGGCCUAUGAGAUCGGGCUGCAGGAAGCCACCGUCUUCUACUCCGGUCACAGCCCUGAAGUCAGCUCCAUGGCUCUCUACGCGUCCUCCUGGCUCAUUGGCGCCUCGUCGUUCGAGCUGGUACCCGGGGUAGACUGCCCCGCCACCGCGGCUUUCAUUGACACCUACCACUUCGUCGACGGCGAUUCGCCGCGACGCUACCGUAACUCCAUCUGCGCCUUCGAGCUGAACAUGGGGCUCCCGUUGCGCCGGCACUACACCUACGACACGGACGGCGGCUUCCGCUACUACGGCGGCACGACGGCCAACUGUCUGGUGCUGAGGACGAUCGCCGCCAUCUGGAACAAAGAUUAUAUAUUCGACUAUAUCUUCUACCUGGAUGGCAGCUUGGAGAUCAAGGUCGCCACCACGGGCUACCUUCAGACGACCUUCGCUCUUCCCAGAGAACGGCCGUUCGGCUACCACGUGCACAACGAGGUCAUCGGCAACAUUCACCAGGACCUCUUCCAUUUCAAAAUCGACGUGGAUGUGGGUGGCAGCGCAAACCGGUACGAAAAGCUAACGUUCCACGAGAAAGCCGAACCCAACUUUUGGUUCCCGAGCAUCAACACGACAAAGAUGUACUAUCGUGAAACGCUGGUGGAAACGGAGAGGGAGUCAAUCUGGGACCUCGAGCACAGUCACCUGCAGCACCACAUCAUCCUCAACCAUAAGCUCGCCAACAGGUAUAAAACUCGUCGAGGCUACCGAAUUUUUCACCUGUCUCCGACAAGCUUUGUGCUCAAGAAUUCGUCUGUGGGACAGGCUGCUGGAUGGGCAUCGUACCCGCUGGUCAUAACUAAAUACAAAGACAUCGAGGAUGCAAGCUCCUCCAUUUACGCCCAGGGUGACCCUUGGGACCCGGUAAUAGACUUUAGGAUGUAUCUAGAAGACAACAACACCAUUGUGGACGAGGAUCUAGUUAUAUGGGCCACGCUGGGCAGCACGGCCGUUCCUCACGCCGAGGACGUGCCUAGUCCAACGACUACGGUAAAUAAGUAUUCCUUUAUGCUAGCUCCCUACAACUCUUUCGAUCACUGCCCUUCUACUGUCAUCAGCGAUGCUGUGCAUAUUGUGCGAGAGGUGGGAGGCGGAGGAGGGGGUGAAGGCACUUUAAGAAUAAACACAUUCGGUACCUCCUCUGCCCAGCCAUCUUGUUUACAGAGAGAAUCUAGUCUUCGUGACUUUCGUGGCAGGACAGACGCUGCUUAACUAUGCAAACUGACGGAUUGUUGGUGAAAAUAAAUAAAGGUUCAUUCUUGUGAUAAAAGUGUUAAAAAAAGAAAACUGAAUCCUCUAUCCAUUUCUUCGCUCAUCGGGUCAGUUGUGGACGUCACUGACGUGUUGAUGUCGCUGUCGAUGUGGGACGAUUAGUCGAGAGCUUUGCAACAUGAAGCCACUAUGUUUGAUGAUGAUUAGAAAAGUUUCCGGCAUCAAUGGCUCCAUUUGGGAUAGCCGUGUGUUUUGCUGACAAAAACAAAUGUUGGAUGUUUUACUUAAUUUUUAAUUAUUUUGUUAUUUACUUAAAUUUAAUUUACUUCAUUUAUUGUGAACAUUCAAUAUUGUGGAACUCCAAGUAUGAAGAACGGAGAACGAAAUGUCUUGGCUUUGCUUGUCAGCAGAAGUUGCAUUUUGUGUAGGAAAUGCUGUGCACGCAUGAAGGAUGACUGGUUUCUUCCAUGGAAUUGGUGAUUGAGUUAUAAUCAAGAGACACAUUCUGUAACGGUGAAGUUUGAUCUCCUUUUUUCUUUUCUGGAAAAUUUGUAAAAUUCAACUUGAGCUAUUAUUUUCCCCUGACUUGUGAAAUGCAUGGUAUUUAGUUUCUUCCGAUCGAUCAUUUUAUGCAUAUGGGUUUCCUUUUAUUAAUUUAUCUCAGUCUUCAUAAUUUUCUUACUUAAAAGUAAUUAACACAAGUUUGGCAGUAUGAAAGAUGGAAAGUUUUACGUUUGUUUAUAGUUCGAACUUCAUUCAUUUUCGGCCACAGCCCCAAUUGCAUGACCUGGUGUGUACACACAGUAUCUACCGUCAUAUAUAUUACAGUGAGCUCUAAAAUUGUGGGCAGACAUCUGAUUCAUGCAAUCUGCAUCCUAAAAUGUCAUUCACGUGUACUCAUAAAUACGCUUUAACCGUAAUAAUAAUAAAUAAACGCGUAUUUUCCCAACAGUCUUUGUAAGAUAGUUUAUAAAGGUAUACACAGAUAUAUCAAAUACCCAGAGAUCUUAUGCUUCUACUAACGAAAGACAGGUAUAGGUUAUCUAAAUGCUAUAAUUUUCUUAUAUGUGUUAGGGUUUUGUAACUCGCUUCUUUAUUUCUACAGUGUGAUAUUAUCUUUAGACUGCUAACGAAUGUGCAUGACUAAAAGAAUUACGAUUAUUGCACAUAUAUCUUUAUCCAAUUUUGCUGUUACAUUUGUUUAUAAAUGUAGUGCAUGCUGGUUGGUUCUUUAGCACUAAACAACAUCCGAUUCUUGCCGUGAAAAAAAUCCAGUCCAGUGAGUAAGUAUAAAAUCCGAAGAAAACUGGUUUUUAUAAAAUUUACUAGAAGCCUUUUGCUACAUUAUAUCACAUAUUUAAUAACUAUUUCUCUGUUAUCAUAAACGUUCAAGUAUUAGAAUAUAAAAGUUUUAUUUUGUACUAGAAUAGCCCAUAUUUGUAUGUAGUAAUUCGACGAAAAAGCUAGAAGAGCAAAAAAAGUGCCGGGAGGUGUGUGCUUGUUUUGUUUUGUUUUUGUUUUUGUUUUUGUUUUUGUUUUUUUCGUCGACUUUUUAAGCUUGAAAAGUGCUCUCAUUCCAGUUUUGUAUUGCGUGUCGGGCUUAAAUUAUUUUUCACAGGCAUACUUCAAAAUGUUUCAGGAUUAAACAAGUGAUGUGUUUCUGUUUUCCAGUUCUUCUUUUACUUACGUACAAUAAUUCGGCCAUAAAAAAACAGGAGCUUUGUCGAAAUCACGGAAAUGAUGUUUUGUGGCACAGGAAAAUGCUGGUGCUUUAUCGGAAAUGGUUUUUUUACGUUAAUUAUUAAUUCUCGAACAUCCGGUAAUUUCCUCCCUUUGUGUUUUUUUCUCCCCUUUGUGGCUUUAUUGCGAUUCCUGUUUUGUAACUCGUGACUUCCUUAAUCAGAUUUCUUUCCUUUUCGGCGAGCUAUUUGUCUUUCCUGUACAAAGGGUGGUAAUUAAGUGAAACCUUAUCUCCCUUUUCUAAUUUCCUCCCGUUGUUUCACAGCGUGUGUGGGGUGUGUGUGAAUGUGAGUAAGAUCGAGUGUGUGCGUGUGGAAGAGAAUGAGUGUGUGUGUGUGUGCCGUGCACUCGCGAGAAAGUUAUACAUCUUCCUUAUUUUUAUACUUUCCAAUUUUUACCGAUAAUGUUUGGUGCAUCGAGGAAACGCCCUGCAUUUUGUUGUUAUUUUUAUUCUCAAGGCGCUCCAAAGUUCUUGAAAUUUCCAUCUUAAUAUAUGAUUUUUCUGAUCAGAUAUUGUUUAUUUACGUCUUCAUUACUGUUUCAGAGGUCAAGCAUUUAAAGGUAUAGAUGCCGAUUGGUAAUUACAAAGAAUUCAUCUUUCUAAAAUUCUCAUUUAUCAAAUUAAGAAAAUCUGAAGCUUUGUUUUGAGAAAAAGACAAAAUUUUGGUCGAUCAUAGAGUUACGUUCAUUUCAAUCGUUUCUUUACCUAUAUCUUCAUAGAUUAAGAUUUAGCACCACAUUGCCUGUGCCUUGCUCACCUUAAUUGUUAUUUUGUUGUGAUAAGAUUUUCACUAUUAUACGUCUGUUAUGUUACGCCUGUUGCCAAGAACUGUUACUUGUGGAUUUUCAUUUGGUCUUACAUGCGUGCCGAUACUUCACUUGCUCAUAAUAUGACCUUUGUUAAGGUGAUCAUGUAACUUGUUUCGCUUUCAAGAAUCAUUUUGCCUCAUUUACUUUCCCUCCCGUCGUCUGGACAAAGAAAGAUAGCGGAAUUUGUUAUUUAAUCAAUAAAUUUUUUUAACAGAAGAAAUUA